CAGAACUGUUCUCCCAUGAUUUAUAUUACAAUUAGAACAGGUGGUCUGUCUUUAUCUCCAGAUGAAAUCAUAUCCAAUCAUACCAUAAUGCAAGGGAUUGUCCCGAUAGAAUGUUACGAGCACUGUCAGAAAGAACCGGGAUGUGUUGGAUAUAACUACAAAGACAAGAUCAAUGUUGUGAACUGUCAACUGACCAACAUCAGUGAAAAGAGAGAACAAACUUCAAUGAUGGAAGAAGGAGAAUGGACACUAAUGCUCGAUGAUAAACUGGAAAAGAGAAGAAAUGACAUUUUAAACUCAGCCAUCGGCUGUGCCUAUCUGUAUAACAACGGGAUAAGAAAAGAUGGUGUUUAUAAGAUAAAUCCUGAUGGCCUGGGAUCGUUCAAAGUCAGAUGUGAUAUGAGCACAGAUGGGGGUGGUUGGACCGUGUUCCAAAGAAGACAAGAUGGAAGUCAAGAUUUCUACCUUGGAUGGUCAGACUAUAAAGCAGGCUUUGGUGAUCUUAACGGCGAGUUCUGGUUGGGCCUUGAUAAAAUACAUCGUUUGUGGAAAUCUGGCCAAAAUGUUUUAAGAGUUGAUUUGAUGGAUUUCAAUGGCGCUGAACGUUACGCUAAAUAUGGAACGUUUAGUGUGGCUGAUGAAUCAGACAAAUACAGAUUGAAUAUUGGCAGUUAUUCAGGUAACGCAGGUGGUUCUCUUGAUUAUCACAAUCAAAUGCAGUUCACUACCAAGGAUAGCGACAAUGAUGCUGGAGGUUAUGAGAAUUGUGCUACGAGAUGGAAAGGUGCUUGGUGGUACAAGAGCUGUCAUCAUUCCAACCUCAAUGGCCAGUACCUGGGUGCAGGUCAGAGUGGUGGCAGCGGAAUAAGAUGGAGCAGAUGGCACUAUUAUUCUAUGAAAAAGACAGAGAUGAAAAUUCGUCCAAACCAGUUCUAAGAAAAGGACCGGCUUUAGCAAGGACAUAAACAUAUGCCAAGAACAUCGAGUGUGUUGAUUUUUUUUUAUUGUAACAGGAUCAUGGAUAAAAAUCAAUUUUUGAUUCUUUACUAUCAUUCUAAUCGCAAAAAAUACUCUAUUGGUAUAAUAACGGUAUAAUAACAGACCAAAGUCAGUGAUGGUUACUAGGGAUGCAAAAAUUCAAACCUGUUUACAUUAACUCGGUUAUCCGAUAUUCAAAGAAUUGUAAAAUAACUUUGAGCAAGUAGUCUUUAUAAAACCAAGUUGCAAGAAUAUCGUAACGUUUAGGGAUGUUUAAAACGACUGCCAGAGAUAAUAUUUUUUACUUAUUUCAAUGCCUCAAAGUCAUUUCACGCCCAUGGUUUGAUCUCGAGUAUCCGGGAUCAUAAAACCCUAACCAAAUGAAUACGUUUGAAACUUUUGACUAAAAUGAAGUUUUGUAGUACCUGACCAAUCAAAAGAUGUGAUUGAAAAACAACUCGGAGGUCUUCCUUCUCCCA